UUAUUUUAUUCUAACGAUAAAAGUUUUACAUUUUAAAAUUUAUUUUAAACACAUUAUGAAAUUAAGCGUUUGUUAGUUUUUUCACUAAAAUAAUUUAUUUGUAAAAUCAAUAACUCAGUGACUUUAUUACAGUGAAUUAUCAAGUGUUUGUUUGAAUUUUUAAAAUUAAUUUCAAACAUUUUCUGACUAAAACGUACAUAACUAAUCCGUUAUUUUACUGUAAAUCACUCAAAUAAUUAGUUUGUUUAAUUAACAUAUAUAUUUAUUAGUAAAUUUUAUAUUUAUUUAUUUAUUUAAAGUAUUAUAAAACUAGACUUUUAUUUAAAGUUUCUCGAACCUUCUAAGUCAACCGCAAGUCGAAGCUCAAGAUUUUAAGACUGAACUCUUUUCUAGAUAUUUUAAAUAAAUAUAUUAUUUUUAUAAAUUUAUUUAUUCGUAUACUCGUGCAAUUUUUUUGAAUAACGUGAUUUAUUUAGCUGAUGAAAUAGAAUUUCGUUAGAUCUAUCAGUAAUAUUGCAUCACUUUACAAUCUUGACACCUACCUCACUGAAGAAUCAUUUGAUAUUUAUUAAUUUAUUAAAAAUAUACUUUACAUACCGUGCUAGCCAACUGGGUCAUUCUUCGUGGUGUGACUAGUUAUCCAGCAAAGAAGCUUAUAAUUAACAAGUUGGUAAUAAAUACUGACUUUAUUGCUGAAUUUUGCUGGUCACACGUCGCAGGAAUGGACACUACAGGCUCGCCGGCACCGGUUACCAUCCACUCACUUCUUGAACAACUUCAAGAAGCUCUGGUACUUGAAGUUAAGUACCAGCCUAAUUUACAACUUCCAGCCAUCACCAAAAAUGACGAGGUAAUAAUAACCGAAAGAAAUGGCUCGGCACACGUUUUAAGAUGCCUUAAAGUCUGGUACGAUUUACCAUCAGAUGUAUUCUUUAUAGCGAUGAAUUUGAUGGAUCGUUUUCUUACUAAAAUGAGAGCUCAACCAAAGCACAUGCCCUGCAUCAGGGUAUCAUCAUUUUACAUAGCUGCCGUCCAAAUGUCACAGACAAUCGAUAUGGAUCAUCUCGUCUCGAUUUCGCAAUAUAAAUUUACCCGUGGCGAUCUUAAACGUAUGUCAGAUGUCAUCAGCAAUAAAUUGGAAUGGGCUCCCGGAACAACGCCUAUCACAGCUCUUACUUUCUUACGUCUUUUUCACGUCAUGUUCCAUGCAGCGGCGUCACAACUAGGACUUGGUGAACUCUAUGCCAGCAUUGUUACGGAGUCUGAACUUGUAUUGAGGCUUGAAAUGGUAGCUUGCAAUGUAGAAUGUGCAAAUUUAAGACCUUCUGAAGUAGCUUUAGUGCUUCUCUGCACAUAUCUGGAUUCUGCGGUUAAUCGUUUGAAAUCUAAUACCGAAACAUCAAUGUCUUCAGUAGCUGGUUCAAGUUCAUCGUCUGUUGACAUGACUCAGACACCUGCGCAUCAAAUUUUAAGACUUGUUGAAUUUGCCUCUGAACUUCAAAAAAUAUGCCGGAUUUCAGAUACAAGUUUUUUUUCAACACAUGAAAGAGUUGGCGCGAUAUUGAGCAAAUAUAAUGCACAAGAACAAAUACCAUACAGACAAAGAUUUGUUUGGCGUUUAUCAUCAAGAACAGUAAGACUUUUGCGUCCAACAGAUAAAUUUACUACAAGUCUUCCAGCAAUUGCUGAAAAUGCUCCAAUACCUUCACCAAGUCGAGUCAGAUCGGGUUACAGAAUUAAUAGGCGCCAUGACAUGAAGAGACGUUAAAAAUACUCAAUGUUACCGGAUAACAAUACAAAAAUCAUUUAGAAAAAGUACAAACAGCUUCUAAUUCGGCAUUUACCGCAUGUUGAUACCACAAUACAUUUAUUGAUGUUACGUCAAAAUAAUUGUUGCUGAAAGUUGUGAGUUAAUUCCUUUAAAAAUUUAAUGGCCUUUAUAAUUCAAUUUACGUUCAUGCGAGAAUAAUUAGUAAUUAAUAAUUAAAAAAAAAAAUAAUUUAUUAUUAAGUUGGAUCUUUAUUACAAAUCGCGUGCCAAAUGCCAAAAGGGCGUAUAAUUUUUUUUUUUUUGUGCCAAUCGUAUUGUAGACGGGUUCUAAGUCUAAAAAUGAAAAAAAAUUUCCAAAGCCAAAAGGGCAUAUGUCGCAAAUACUAGCUCUUCGCCAUACGCUCCGCAUGGCGUUGAAUAUAAGAACGAAUAUUGAACUUUAUUAUCUCUAGCUUAUAAUCAUUAAUUAUUUUGGAAUUUCCUAGUUGGUAAAAGUUAAAGUUGAUCAUUAUUUUGAUUACAUUGGACUGUCCAAGAUGAUGAAAAAUUAAAGUUACUACCAUCGAAAAUGUUGACUUUUUCAAAAUUUUACAUACAAACCUCCGGACAAUUUUGAAGACUGUUUUUCGAAAUUUUUAAGAAUCCUGAUUUUUUUUUAUACGCCCUUUUGGCUUUAGACCGAUAAUUUCCUAAAGCCAAAAGGGCGUACAUCUUAAGAUACGCCCUUUUGGCGUUAGUAAGUCAAAUUUUUUUUUCUGCAGAUCUUUACGUUUCGAGCGAUUCUAAAAAGAAAUUUUUUUAUACGCCCUUUUGGCAUGGAACCCUAUUUAACUGCUGUAAUACGCCCUUUUGGCAUUUGGCACGCGAAAUAAAGAGCCGUGAUAAUAUUCAGUUUCUAUAAAAGUGUUUUGAUAAAUGAAAAGGAAAAAAAAUUGACAAAACAUUUUUAUAAAAACGAUGAAAAAAAAAGAAAAUGUGAUAAAAAAAAAAAAAAAUCGUAAAAUUGGUAAAUUGAAUUGGGAAAAAAGUAAUUUAACAUUUACGAAAAUCUUAUGUUUCAUAUAAAAUAUGAGACAAUAAAUAUAUAAUAAUAAAUUAAAAAUGUUGACGAAAAAUGUAAAAAAAAAAUAUACAAAAUAGUAUUAGUGAUAGUGUAAUUGUAAUCGAAUGUUUGAGAGAGUUAGGUCAUACAAAUAAUAAAAAAAAAGAAAAAAAAAAAUUAAAAUUGAUAAAUGAAAAAAAAAAUAUAUAUAUCAUAAGAUUUAAUAUUUUAAUUGAAUUGACGAGAUAUAAAUAUUUAAAUGCGUUUAGAUGUUUAUGAAUUUAAAAAUAUAUAAACGUCCAAAUGGCACAUUGACGAACCGCAAAUUUAUAUCAAAAAUAAUAAAUUAAAAUCUCAAGCGGUGCCAGUAGUGUAAAUGAAUAAUUAAAAAGUAUUGCGUGCUGGAAUGAAUUUUUUUUCUCUUUAAAUGCGUGAAAAUAAUAAUUAUUAAUUUAUAAAUUUAUAAAUUUAUUUACUUGACAACAAAUAAAUUUAUGAAAAUAAAUAUAAUUAAAUUACCAUUUAAUUGACGUUACUUUAAUUAUGAUUUCACGCAUUUGAAAAUAUUAUCAUGUAUGAAUUUAUUGUAUUGUAAACAAAUAGGAAAGAGGUAUCGUUUUUGGCACUUGAGGACCAGUUUUUGGACACUCGAAAAAUUUAAAUAAAUAAAUUUGUAAAAGGCGCAAAAAAUAUGAUUAACUUUUUAAAUAUUUAGAGAUACUUUUGUCCCGCUAUUAAAAAGGAAAUUUUAUUUUACACUUUUUCGUUAAUUAAAAUAAAGUAUUAAAUGUCCAAAAAUGUAGCAGUGGCCACAAAUGAUACCUCUACCCCAAUUUAUAAUUACUUUUUUUUUUUUUUAUGAAUGCUGGCCUAGAAUAAUAAUUAUCACGGUAUGUACAUCUACACUCUCGCAGUUUGAUGACCAAUUGUCAUUAUUAUUUUUUUAAAAAAACAAAGAUUAUUAUUUAUAUUAUAAUUUGGGUAUCGAUAAAACAAGAAAAUUAUUGUAGUUAUUUUUUUUUGAUGAAAAUUUAUUUUUAUUAUUUUUUUAUUAUUUAUUUAAAAUAAAUAUUUUUUCAUCAUCGUAAACUGUGAUAGUUUAGAUUUGACUGUGAAUAAAAAAUAAAAUAAAAUACAAAAAGAGAAUAAUUAUUACCAGAUAAAUAGUGAAAAGCCAGUUUGUGCUAGUCACAAAAAUUAAUUUAAUUUUUUCUUUUUUGAAUCAAUCAAUUAAUUAAUUUUCUCUCUUUAUUUUUUUUUAAUUAAUUAACUUAAUUGUAAUUAGCGAGAGGAGAGAGGAGAGAGUGUACUAGAAUAAUGAGUUGGAAGAAUUUUUUUUGUUUUAACAACAAUCAUAAACAAAAAAAUGAUACUUAAAAUGCGUAUAAUUUGUAAUCGCGAUAUAAAAAUAAUAAAAUGAGAUUAUAAUUGAAUUUAAGUAAAGUUAAUUUAAGUAAAUUUACAUAUCUCGGCAUUAAAAGUGUUUGAAUAGCUGUGAAAUACUAAUAAUUACAUGAUUAUAAAUCGUGAUAAUUAAACUUUUAUUCUCUACAUACUAGUAUUCGAGAAUGACAUGUGUAAUUGAAUGUAAUUAACUUUUAAAUAAUUCAUUGAACAAUAAUUAUUUUAGUUAAUGACUCUAAGUAUUAAAUUUUGAUCAAUUCAUUUUUUUUUAUUUUUCUGACCAGUUGUUAAUCCUUGACUUGAAUUUAUUUCCAAGGAAACUAUUAUUAUUUAAUUAAUUAAUUAUUUAAUUAAUUUUUUUUGUAAUUUUUACAUCAAUCACACAUAGUCGAUUAUUUAAAUUCAAUUGUUAAUAUUAUGUAAUCUUCGAUAAAACUGUUAAAAGUACAAAAUUUGAAUGAGUUUAAUGAGGCAACAAAAAUGAUUAAUAUAUUAAGAAAACAUUAAAUAAAAUUUUAAAAUUUAAAUAAAAUAUUUUUUGUUAUUUAAAAAUUAUUUAAAACUUCAAAUAAAUGUAAUUUAAGGGUGCAAUCAAAAUUAUCUAGCCUUGGCUCCAGCUGUUAAUAAAUAUAGCAAUAGCGCGAAAAUAUUCAAAUUCAAACUGAAUGAUAAUUUUUUCUAUUUCUACAUCUCAAUGAAAUUAUAAAAAAUUGCAGUCCUCGAAUACUUGAAAAUUUCAACAUCUAGUAUAAAAAUAAAUUGAACCACUUUUUUUUUUU